AUUUACGCCCUGUGAUAUAUGCCGCCUCAACGCCCGAACCUUCCCGACCCGCAUUCCAUAAAGAACCCUCAUCAUCAGCGCUCAUAACUAAUCAACGACCCCUGAUCGUUCAGAUUAUUACCCUUUUACCCUCCGUGUUUCCCUCAUCGCCUCCAUCUUCUAUCCCUGGCGCAGAAAAUUGGAAAAACAUUCCCAUCUACUUCUCCAAAACCAUGGCAAGAGGUUCCUCUCAGUCGCAGUCCUCCACUUCCUCCUCCACGUCCCGUCCUGGCGUCAUGGCUCCUCGCGGCUCCGCUGCGGCCACAGCCGGUAUGCGUCGCCGCAGGCUUGUUGGAGGCUCAGGCUCCGCCUCUGCCACAAGCUCCGCCGCCUCCGGUUCCGGAAGCAACAUGCUCCGAUUCUACACCGACGAUGCUCCAGGCUUGAAGAUCUCCCCUACCAUAGUCCUCGUCAUGAGUCUUUGCUUCAUUGGCUUUGUCACCGCUCUUCAUGUCUUCGGCAAGCUCUAUCGCUCCAAAACCGGAGCUGGACCAUGAUUCGUGACCCGAACCUGAUCUUGUUUUCGAAUAUCUGAUCGGCUCUUGAAUCGAUAACUGAAAUCCUACUGUUUUCCUCUUUUUUAGGUUGUCGUUUGACCGAUUUGGUUUUAGCGCUGUAAAUGAAGGAUGGCAAGGUUGUGAUUAUCUGGUGUUUUUGAUGCGGUGAAUUUUAAUAUCGUUCAUGUUAUUGCUUGCUUUUGGAAGGGAAAUGAAUCUGUUUCGUUUUUCCCCAACUUUUUUCUUGAAGUUCCAGAAAUGGCAGCUUUGUUCUUCCUUUUACUAGCUUUAUUGAAAACUCAAGACUUUUUGGGU